AUGGUCUCCCAGUGGGCACAGAAGAUGCAGCCGUCACAAGAUCCAUCUCUCGGCUUGGGCACAGAAGAUGCAGCCGUCACAAGAUCCAUCUCUCGGCUGUUCCUGAGUGAUUUCGCGAACGCUGAUGGUCUCCCAGUGGGCACAGAAGAUGCAGCCGUCACAAGAUCCACCUCUCGGCUGUUCCUGAGUAAGGAGAGCUAUCCGUGCUUCAUUUGA